AUGGGUAAACCAUACGAAAAGCAUGUGUACCCAACAUACUUUGACAUCGAAAAUAAUUGUUCAGAAGUUGAUGCCAAUAUUGCUAAGCUGAAGAAAGUGCUUGAUGAUCUCAUGACAGCAUUGGACAAGCCCAUUCCAUUGAAAUGGAUGCACUUCCGUAGCGAAAUUCAUAAGUUAAAGGAUACAACAGUAGUCUGUCCUUUGAAAAAGGUGAAAGAAUUGGCUGCCAAGUUUGGAAUAAACGAGGAAAAUCAACAAAGUGUCCUAUUGAACUUCUUGUAUGACCUUGGCGAAAUCAUAUACAUGCCUGACAACAAGGUUUUACAAGAGUACGUGGUAUUGAAUCCAAUGCAUUUUGUUGAAAUGGUCACAACAGUCAUCACUGUGAAACAACCCAACUUGGAGUCAGCCCUGUAUAAAGACCUCUACAGAAAACUUAACGAGGGUAUAUUAGAGGAGCCGUUGUUCAAGAAGCUUUUGGAAGAUCGUGGUGUUGAUUUGAAGAAGUUUGACUUUUUUGUCGAGUUGAUGAGACGAUUUUGUCUUCUUUGUGAGAGAAAAGCAGCCAAACCAGGAAACCGUUCUUUCUUUGUCCCACUUCGACUGGCACUUGAACCAUCGUCAGAUGACCAUGGACGGGUCGACAGUUAUGGUGAGCGUGCUAUUAGCAUUUACCAUGACUUCUGUGGAUACCUUCCAGACGAGUUGUUUCCACAGCUGGUUACAGAGUUUAUCGACAGGUUUCAAGACGAACAAGGAAAUGAACAACCAAAGCUGGCACGUGAUCAUGCAGAACUUUACUUCGAUCAACAUCAUCGUGUAAUAAUGUCUGCAAUUACUUUUGGACUAAACCGACUGCUGAGGACAACUAUUCUUAGAAGGAAGCGAGACGACGUAGCACAGAAAGACCUCGAACCAUUACCAGAAGCCUGUAAAACGGUUUUGGAGUUUCUUGAGGAGUCAUUCGAGGUCUCCCAACAGGGUGGCAGGAGGGGGUUUCAAUUCCAACGAUGUAUACCUUGCAGCAUUUGCAGCAAGAAUUCACCAAAGAAACACAUACAAUGGCUGGGGAACUUUGAAAAGGAAUGCCUUCCAUGCAAUGAUGAUGCAAUGAGUGUCGUACGCUAUAAACGACUAUUUGCAGGUACUGUGGAUUCAGGUGAACAACUCUCAGAAGACAUGUCACAUACUGAAG